GUUCUUUGCCAGGAGCGCACAUUUCUCAUAAAAGCCACCAUGAAGGAAGUCUGUUCAGUCUCUGUGAACCAACUGAAACGCGACUUUUGGGUUGACUGAUUUCUUAACCAUGGAUCUCAAUGGUACCCUGAGUGCCUAUCAGAUUGAUGUUCUCUCUACAGUGUAUCUGCUCUCACUGACUCCCAGUGUGAUUGGGAGCUUUUCUGUUCUGGUGGUUUCCACGGUGAGAUGGAGGUAUCUGAAAGAACAGGUGCACCUGUUGGUCCAACUCGCCUUGGCGGACCUUGUGGCUGCUCUCAUCCUGAUGUUCACGAGCGCCAUGAAUAAAGUCAGCAACGACAACAGCAUCGCCAUCUGUCAGUACAGCUUGCCUCUGUCACUGACAUUCUAUUUCAUCUCAUUUCUGCUGGUAGUGGUCUACGCAUGGAAAUCCAAGAACGCAAUCCAAGGGUGGAGAGCAACACCAGCUGAGGACGAGUUAAAAUGGAGUCCUUGCAGAAGUAAACUAGUCACGGUACCUGUGUACUUGAUAGUAUGGUUGAUCCCGACUGCGGUGUACUUAGCAUAUGUCCUCACGCCUUUCAUCAAAGCAACUUUACUGAUUCCAGACCCCGAUGCCUCACUCAGCAUCACCAUCCAGAAUGAUGCCAAAUACUGCACCAGUUGUAUUUUGUUCUUGCACGUCUGGAUGGAUUCCUGCUCAGAUGCUGAAGUAAUCCAUGACACUUUCAUGCGUGUGUUUCUUGUACUUGUGGUGAUUCCUGUGAUGUUGUCUUGCUCAGUUAUUUACUAUAAGGUUGGUUGGUGGUAUGAACACCACAAACAGGAGGCGCUUUUCCCUGUGGAACGAGAUGGACGCUCAAGCAGGCGAUUUAAAAGUGUGUUCUCCACAGCCAGGAGCAUGGUGAUGGUCAUCCUGUUCUGCUGGAUACCAGCCCUCCUGGUCAUUCUGCUGUCUACCUUGAUGGCAUGGACCCGUGUUGAACAGCACAGCCUGUUUCCUGCUUACCUGAUACAGGCUGCCAGUGUGUCCCUGCAAGGCUUCCUCAACAGUAUGGUGUACGCAUGGAGGCGGCCCAACUUUACAGAAGCCGUCCGCGGGGAGAACACUCCCCUGGUGGCCUACAAGUACAUGGCUUUCUUUGACGAAUCACUAAGGAGUUCUCCUUGAGUCUCGACAGUGCUCAGGCAUGAAAAGACUCUCAAUGAAAGAUACAGUACAAAGGAUGCACAAAGGACCGUAGUAUUGCAGCCAAUGAGCUGUAUGAUGACAUUUAUUUCUAUUUUUAAUAUAAGGUGCUUUUCCAUGAGGGAAUAUUCUGGACACAAUGAAGAAAAUUAAUUUUAAGGAAUUUUAAAAAGUUUAUUUUCUAAAAAAAAAGUUGUACAUUUGAAAAUAUUUAUUUGUAUAUAUUUAUGAAUAAAUUAUGGAGAAGAAAAUAUAUAUUUAGCAAGAAAAAUAACUCAGGAUGAAGCCUUAGAAUUAAAAAAUUAUACUUUUUGAGAAAAAUCGGGUAUGUUUCCAGGAAAAAAAAAUAACAGCAGUCACAAUCUUACAAGAAAUAAGUCAAUUUAUUUUCAUGAAAAAAGUUAUAAUAUAUUGAAAACAGUCUUUAGUGAUACAAUAAUAGACUUGAUGAAAUAACAUUGAGGAUUUUAUUCUUAUAUGUUUGGGGUUCAUUUUUGUAGUAUUUUAUUGUGGCCCUAAGACGCUUAUCCAGUAAUGUUGACUUCUUAUCAACAGCGCUCUCAAAGGCUCCGCCCUCCAUUGUACACUGUGGUCACGCUAUACUAUCAGUGUUCACUUGUGUGUGUGUGUGUGUAGAAUGCGUGCACACACGUAUAUUGCACAUUUUAUAUGGAACACGUUUCCCGUGUCAUGUCUUAAACCUGCUACCGUUGUGUCAUAAAGUGUACAUACGUGUAACUGAGGCUGCUGCAUGAGGCAUGUCUGCUAGUCAGGAGAUAUUGGACCCUGUAUGAACCAGCAGCGUUCUCAGUUUUGUAUUAUGUUCUGAUGUCCUACAUACAUUUGAUUCAUGUAAAUAUUUGGGAUGUUGUCAUAAAAAUAAUAGUUAGAAUACCUUUGGGUCAAUACUCCUCUCACUCUCACUCCAUGGGGACUAUAAAGUCAGCCAAAAAUAAAAUUUGCUGGCGUUUAUUCUAUCAAAUCCAAAGUAUUUUCCAUUGCAGGCUGUGUCCAAAACAUUUUUACAACCAUUUUCUUGUCUUUACAAUUAAAGAAACCAAGCACAAUGGUCACACUUACAAUAAGAACACAUUUGAUUAAUCCUAUGUAUAAAAAGCCAACACUUACUUUGUGACUUUGUUCCAGCUGUGGCACAAAUGCUGCAUUUCUGUUUUUUUAAAAAUCCAUGGAUAAAGAUCUUUGCUGGGCCAUCUCAUACUUCCCUCUUCUGUUCCCAGCUCUGCGCACAUAGACAUCAUAGCUCCCAUCCUCCUCGUCUUCCUCCUCCUCCAUCACUCUGUCCUGCCGCCUCACUGAUCGCUCCGCCAGGCUGUAUUGGCCCUGCAUGGCGGUGACGGCCUUUACGCUGGGCCAGCUCUUCUUCCGCAGACUGCUGUUGGAGUCCCGCAGAGGAGGCAAGGAUCUCUGGAGCUCGCCUCUAAAUGCGGGAAGGUCCAGGGAUCCACGUCCCAUUCCAUGAGUGCCCUGACCGGCUUUGAUGGAGUUGAGGGAGGCCUGAGAGCCGCAGUGGUGCUCGUGGACGCAGCGUGAGCCCGACGAGGACCUCCGGAGGGCCUGCAAGGACUGGAGUUCCUCUGAGAGCUCUCCAAGGUCCGCAGACAGCUUCUGGAAAAAAAUGAAGAUUCAUGAAAGUGGCCAAUUUGUUAAGUAGCCUUUUUAUUUGCAGAAUUGGUACCUUUUAUCUAGAAAUGACACAAGA